GGCGGCGGCGGCGGCGGAGGCGGCUGCUGCGGCGCGGAUCGGAGGAUUCUGCCGGUAGAAGAGCUGGGGCAGGAACCCAGCCCUGAGGACAUCCUGUGGCCCAGGGGCAAGUGACACCUGCUGCAGGAGGCCCAGGAUGGUGGAGGCUGAGGACCUGGCGCAGCUGCGGCUGCUCAACCUGGAGCUCCUGAGGCAGCUGUGGGUGGGGCAGGAUGCUGUGCGGCGGUCAGUGACCAGGGCAGCCUUAGAGUCAAGCCUGGAAUCCAGCAGCUACAAUUCAGAGACUCCAUUGACCCCAGAGACGUCCUCAACUUCCUUGAGCACCUCCUGCCCACGGGGCCGGUGUCCUGUGUGGAGCUCACCAGAUGCCUGCCAAGGGGACCCCCGUGAUGUGGCCAGAUCGGGGGUGGCCUCUCUCCCACCUGCCAAAUGCCAGCACCAGGAGUCCCUGGGCCGACCGAGACCCCACUCAGCACCCUCCCUGGGCACCUCAAGCCUGAGGGACCCAGAGCCCUCAGCGGGGCUAGGUGAUCCAGGACCCCAGGAGGCACAGCCCCCGAGGUCCAUCCUGGCUCAACAGAGCAAGCUGUCCAAGCCCAGGGUGACCUUCUCUGAGAAGUCUGCAGUUCCUGAGAGGAGCUGGCGCCUCAGGCCAUACCUGGGCUAUGACUGGAUUGCAGGGUCUCUGGACACCAGCUCUUCAAUCGCCAGCCAGCCUGAGGCCUUCUUCUCGAAGCUGCAGGAGUUUCGGGAAACCAACAAGGAGGAGUGUAUCUGUAGCCAUCCUGAACCCCAGGUCCUGGGCCUGCGUGACAGCAGUGGCAGCGGCGUGGAGGAAGACCAUGAAUGCGUGUACUGUUACCGUGUCAACCGGCGCCUGUUCCCCGUGCCUGUGGAUCCCGGCACCCCCUGCCGCCUGUGUAGGACACCACGAGACCAGCAGGGCCCUGGGACCCUGGCGCAGCCGGCACAGGUCAGGGUGAGCAUCCCGCUGUCGAUCCUGGAACCCCCGCACCAGUACCGCAUCCACCGGCGGAAGAGCUUUGACGCCUCCGACACACUGGCCCUGCCCCGGGCACAGUCCUUAGGGGGCUUCUCUCAGGGAGCCCCCACAGCAGCCAGGAGGGCAGGCACUGCUGUACCCCCACCCUGCAGGUGGGGAGACCGAAGCGGAGUGGCAGGCGCCUUGUUGGAGGAGCUGGGAUUUGAACCUAGCACUGCCUGCUGGGCUGGGACAUUUUCCCUCCGAAGUCUGAGAAAAGCUCAGCCCCCAAGAACCUGGACCUCUGGUCCUCUGUCUCUGCUGAGGUCCAGCACCAGAAGCUGUCAGGCACCAGCCCUUUUCGCCUGGUGCCGCCCCCCACCCCGAUCUGGUCAGUGCCCCACGUCCCUCGGCCCCACGUCUCACGGCAGAAGCCUUGAGGACUGACUCCUGGAGGAGGACAGCAUUCCCGCCGCCUCCAGCCUCUCACCUCUGGCAGGCGCACCCAGGAGAUGGAAGCCCCUGCCCGGCCCGCUCAGGCCCGGCUGUCCUAGGUUGGGCAGGUGGGUGGGCCCAGGCUUGUCUGCUGCCUGGGUUCCAGAGAGGAAGGACCCUGGGGUGGAGGGUGAGGGAUUCUGUGGAAAUUUUAAAAUAAAGCUCAGUGCUCUGCAGCUCAA